AAUGAAUAUUAUUUUAGUGAGUGUUGCAUGCAACGGACGUGAAUAGUGAUUUUGGAAAAUCAUUUUAAGAUGCAUAGCUCAGACAGCCAGCAUCCCUUUUUUCCAUACACCGAAGAAGAAAAGCAAGAAAUAAGGAAGGAGCUUGGUCUGAAAGAGACAGGCAUACAAGAAGACAUCGACGCCAUUUUGGAGUGGUUCAGAAAACAACCACAUCUGGUUGAUGCUGGAAUUAAUCGAGCUGUAAUUGAAAGAACAUUGAUCACAGCUAAAGGGUCUCUAGAUAAGACCAAACAGAGACUAGAUGCUUUAUACAAAUACAGAGGAUUGGCUCCAGAACUGAUUCAAAACAGAGAAAAAGAUCUGUCGGAUCAACAUGGAGAACUGUGGUCUUUUUAUCGCCAAGCUGCCAUGCCAAAGCUGUAUAAAGGUCAAAGGGUAUCCAUAUUAAAGAUUGUAGAUCCAGACCCGAAUAAUUUCUUCAUUGACAUCCUGUUUAGAAAUACUUUUAUGGAAGGUCUUGGUCUCCGUGUAUCAGCAAUCCACGUUCUCAACUGCCCAAGAUACGGCCAAACGGUACUAAACGUCAUGAAACAGUUCUUCAAGCCAAAGAUCCUGGAUCGCACCAUAUUCCACGGUAGCUUAGAUGAGUUGUAUGAGUAUAUUCCAAAGAGGCAUCUACCAAAGGAUUAUGGAGGGGAAGAACCGUCUUUGGAUGAAUUAAAAGAAAAAUACGAAAAAGAGUGCAGAUCGGAGAAGGCGAAGAAAUUCUUGAUAGAUAGUAGCAAGAUGGUUUCUAAUGAAUCGAAAAGGUCCGGCACGUACAUUUAUGACGAAUGUUUGACUGGCUCAUUCAAGAAAUUAGAUUUUGAUUAAUAUUUAUGUCUUUAUGACACACGCCCGUAUUCACAAACGAUGCUUGC